UAAAAUCAUGGAAAAUCUCUUGGUUUCUUUACCAUGUUGUAAUUUGUUUCUAUGCUUUACAUUUUAUUGCGUCAUGCCUCCAGGACGGUGUUUUCUAAACUACAGUUGCAUUAGCAUGAGGCUCUUCUGUAAUAUGCAGGACUACUUCCAAACAACAUACAACUUCUUCUAGAUGUCCUCACACUUUCUAUUUCCAAUGCAUAGAACCCAAAAAUAUGCUUUUCGGAUGUCUCAGGUUAUCUGCUAUCAGAUUGUUCAUACAACGUGCCACAGCCACUUCUGCAGGAUUUAGAAUUAUGACAAGGAGUCAGGGACACAAUCAGAUUUAUACCAUCCGUUGUGAUGAUACAAGGAAAGUAAACAUAUACGCAUAUUGUGUUCAACGUGAUGAUACAAGCGAAAGCUGGCCCACGCCGCCAACUGAUCUGCGGCAGCGUGGAAGGAGUGUUCAAAAGCAGCAGGAACAGUUGUUCCACUGCUGGUCGGAGGGAGAGCUUGGCAAGGGAGGUAGAGGGAGCUCUACAACCACGAUCUUGGCAUACAACCCGAUGGCAUCAUGCCCACUUAAGCUUCUUCCAUGUUCCAAUUCUUGCAUUUGUUGGUCUUUUACUGUCAGAGCUUACGAAAUCCAUUACAAAUGGAGGUGAGGCCAAGUCGUGAACUUGCUGAGACGUCUUUGCCUUGAAUUCUAAGGCUUGAAUCUAAAUGGAGGUGAGGCCAAGUCUUGAACGAAUACUAAGGUUUGCAUCUUUUAUAAAGCUUGACAGUUACUGUGUAGUUUCAGUUAACAUGAUAGUCACGCGUGGUGAAUCUCUUUUCUUGUCCAGAGAUUUCACGAAUCCAUUAUUGCCUACAGAACAACAUCAUAGGGCCCUCCCAGUUUGAUUCUCUUUAUUUUGCUAUAUCUCAACUAUUACAUACAUCAUUUAUGCUCUAAAGCUAACCAUUGUAUGCUUUGAUUGGUUGGAGCGGCAAGGUUUUCCAGAUCCUGGGAGUCUAUCCCUU